GGGGCUUGUUCACAUAAUAGCCGGCGGCGGGUGAAGGCGUGGUGAGUGUGUGCGCUCUCCUCGUAACGGAUGAUGAGCAUGGGCACCGGCUACACGGCGGCUCUCCUCCCGGUCAAGACCGGCCGCGGACAAAGCUGAACGGAGCGGAUCAAUAUGCCGGAGAGUGUCCGUCUUGUCUGCACUUAGAGCGGGAUAUAUUUACAGCCAAGGGGUGCAAAGAUGACUGACGGUAAACUGUGCCAGGUUCAGCUGCUGGAUGACAGAAAGCUUGAGCUGCUGGUUCAGCCUAAGCUACUGUCAUAUGAGCUCCUCGACUUGGUAUCCUCACACUUCAACCUCAAAGAGAAGGAGUUCUUCGGUCUUGCAUUUUUUGAUGACAAUGGUCAGUGUAAGUGGUUGCAGAUGGAUCGUAGGGUACUUGAACACGACUUUUCAAAGAAACCGGGAACCAUUUCUCUGAACUUUCUCGUCAGGUUUUAUGUAGAAAACAUAACACAGCUGAAGGACAUCAUAACGGUGGAGUUGUUCUAUCUGAAUGCGAAAUCAGCCGUCUACAACGGGGAUAUUGAAGUGGAAACUGAGAAUGUCUUUAGAUUGGCUGCAAAUGCAUUGCAGGAGGCUAAAGGAGACUAUACAAGCGAUGAAAACACCCGAGCUGAUUUGAAAAAGCUACCAACUCUCCCCACCAAAGUCCUCAAGGAACAUCCAUCUCUUGCAUUCUGUGAAGAUCGAGUAAUUGAAUAUUAUAAGCAGCUGAAAGGUGUCUCUCGAGGACAGGCUAUUGUGCAGUAUUUGACGUUGGUGGAGUCAUUGCCAACAUAUGGGGUUCAUUAUUUUGAGGUUAAGGAUAAACAAGGGAUCCCUUGGUGGCUGGGAAUCAGCUAUAAGGGCAUCGGCCAGUAUGAUCUGCAGGACAAAUUAAAACCUCGCAAGCUCUACCAGUGGAAACAGCUGGAAAACUUGUACUUCCGGGAGAAAAAGUUUGCUGUGGAAGUUAAUGAUCCACACAGGAGAGCAGUAACAAAACGCACAUUUGGGCAGACAGGCCUGCUUAUCCACACGUGGUAUGCCAGCCAUUCUUUAAUCAAGACCAUUUGGGUAAUGGCCAUUAGCCAGCAUCAGUUCUACUUGGACAGAAAGCAAAGCAAAGCAAAACUAGGACCAGCUAGAACGUUGGAAGAAAUUGCCAUGGAGCUCACCGAACAUGGAGGAGCAAAAAUGAACAGACUAGGAGAUGUAGGCCUGAAGAAUAAUUGUAUAACAGCCAGCAAUGGGAGCUUGGUGUCUACAGGUUCUGCAGACUCUGAAAUGAGCGAAGAACAGAAGAAAGAAAAACUGUCUGAGCUGAGGAAAAAAGAACAGGAACUCCAAGUUUUGGCCAAGAAAACGAAAGAGCUCAAGAAGAUUUGCCUCAGAGAGGCGGAACUGACUGGAAAGCUGCCAAAGGAAUACCCCCUCUCCUCAGGUGAAAGACCACCGCAGGUCAGGCGGCGUGUCGGCACUGCUUUCAAAUUGGAUGACCUGUUCCCCUACAAAGACAGGCCGGCCGUGCACACGUGCACCUGUGUGCGCGUGCAUGUUAACAGCUUCCACUUGGGACUUAGCCCCUCCCUGCCCAAAAAUGCCACCAUCAGAGCAGCGCAGCGUUGGAGGAAAAUGGCAGAGGGCACCCCCAGCGGAGCAAAAUGUUCUCUUGCUAACAGCAUUAUAAAGUUAUAA